ACCUCUUUGCAGCUCAGCUCCAUAUGCAUCUCUUUUUCACACUUCCCUCUCCAUCUCGGGCUCCUACACCUGGUGCAUCACGCAUUUAGCCCAUUAGCUCCGGCUCUUCCUUUCAUCUUCCCCAUGGCAGACGUUUCUAUUUAUCCACUGGCAAUCAAUGUGUGGCGUCACCAGUGGUACUGUAAUGACGACUGCACCAUUGAGGAUGACAGCUUAGAAAGAAGAGGGCAAUGGUGAUCCCUCCCAGAGCAGCACAGCACAGUGGAGCGCUCGCAUCACAAGGUCACCCUAUCUCACCGCUGGCUCCUCUGCAUUGGCAGGAGAGGGUUGCCGGGUUUGCACAAGGCUGGGGCGGGAGCGGGAGGGAGGGGGGGACGAGAUCUGGACUUGUUUCCCCCCUCCCUUAAGCGAAGCCACAAUGGAAACCAGGAAGGAGAUGGUGAUGUUUCUGGAAGGGACACAACUUGGCGCUCUAGUUGGCAAGAGGGUGCCUAAUUUGUCCGAAACAGUGGGGAGCCCCGCACAAGAGCCGCAGGAGAAGAUGAUCCAUCGGAACUGCCUCAGCCCCAGACCUGGCCCCUUGUCGUCCCGGGAGAGAGGAGGAGGAGGAGGAGGUGGCGGAGGAGAAGACGAAGAGGAGGUGGAGGUGCUGCCGGGGACAGGGACGGUGCCGGAGAGCCGCUCGGCGGCGGCAGCACUGCUUUCGGCCGGACAGCAGCCCCCCGCCCCGGAGCCCCCCUCCAGCAAAGGGCAGCAGAGCAGCUCGGACACCGAGUCGGAUUUCUAUGAGGAAAUCGAGGUGAGCUGCACCCCGGACUGCGCCACGGGGAGCGCCGAGUACCAGCACAGCAAAGGGCCGUGCUCCGAGGCGCUGGCCGGCAGCCCCAGCGGCGGGGGGGAUCACCCCAAGGGCAGCGGAGGCAGCGGCGGCUCCCAGGGCUCGCUGGCCUGCAGCGCCAGCGACCAGAUGCGCCGCUACCGCACCGCCUUCACCCGCGAGCAGAUCGCCCGGCUGGAGAAGGAGUUUUACCGGGAGAACUACGUGUCCAGGCCCCGGAGAUGCGAGCUGGCGGCUGCUCUAAAUCUGCCAGAAACCACCAUCAAGGUGUGGUUCCAGAACCGCAGGAUGAAGGACAAGCGGCAGCGCCUGGCCAUGACCUGGCCGCACCCGGCGGACCCGGCGUUUUACACCUACAUGAUGAGCCACGCGGCGGCCACGGGCAACCUGCCCUACCCCUUCCCGUCCCACCUGCCCCUGCCCUACUACUCCCACAUGGGCAUCGGGGCCACCUCGGCCUCCGCCGCCACCCCGUUCAGCACCCCCCUGAGGCCGCUGGACACCUUUCGGGUGCUCUCGCACCCCUACCCGAGACCAGAACUGCUCUGCGCCUUCAGGCACCCCUCUCUCUACCCUGCCCCGAGCCAUGGACUCAGCAGCGCCGGGGGCAACCCCUGCUCCUGCCUGGCUUGCCACGGCAGCCAGUCCAACGGGCUGGCACAGAGACCCUCCGGCUCAGACUUUACCUGUUCGGCCACGACCAGGACUGACUCUUUCCUCACUUUCACGCCCUCUGUGCUGAGCAAAGCGACCUCGGUUUCCAUGGACCAGCGGGAAGAAGUACCUUUAACAAGAUAAGCCUUCGUCUCAGGGUUGUUAAAAAUUCGCCCCUUUCCUGGGCGCGCUGCGACUUAAUGUACCUACAUCCGAUGCUUAUUUAAUCGUGUUCUCUCCCCAGAAGUGGACACCUAUGGAAAAAAAAAAAAAAAAAAAAAAAAAAAGACUAAAAAAUAGCUCGGUCUUGAAAGGAUUUACAUUCCAAGGGGUGGGGUGGGGAAGAAGAAAAGAAAACGGCUAGUGAUUUAUCUCAAAGAAGGAUUUUAGGCACGGAAGAGAAACAACACCAAGCCGAAUGAAACACAUUUCAGUAACUAAGAAAUGAGCUGGGACUUUCUUUUCAAUUGACGGACUUCCUAUCGGGGGCUGGGACUUCUGCAGGUCACGGCAACAAACCUUAUGCACAAACCUACGAGAUUGAGAAGGAAAAUCUGAAAUACUUGAAAGAAACAUUGUCUUGAUAACGAAAUGGCUUGUGCGCAUGAAGAAAGCAAAGAUGUAAUCUCUCAGAGUGUUCAGAAAAUAAAAACAACGAGCAAAGAGCAAAACCAAAAGGUUUCAGGAUUGCAACUCAACAGUAUUAUCCAGUUAUUUCUAUAGCGAAAAAACGAUGCUUUACCAUAAAGAAAAAACUGACAUUCUGUACAUUGC